AGUCCAGUAUAGUCUCGAGACGUCGACUCGACACUACAGUGUUGCUACUACUCGUCGCUUGUACGCUGCAAAACAAUAUGAGGUCGCUGACGUUGUGCCUGGUAUUGGCAGGAUGUGUUGCGGUAGCGCUGGCGCAUUCUUACCAUCUCGGCGCUUGCCCAAUCGUCGAGCCGGUCUCCGGAUUCGAAAUGAACAGGUUUCUCGGAAUAUGGCACGUGAUUCAGAAGACUUCAACCGCCAGCAAGUGCAUCACUUACAACUACACCCGGGGUGACGAGCCCGGUGAAUACAGCAUUACGCAAGACUCCGACAUCCCUAUCCUCGGGCUCACUUCGCUCAAGCACGAAUAUCACUACACCGGCGAGCUUACCGUCACCGAGCCCAGCACCCCUGCCCGUAUGACUGUUCGCUUUCCUCUCAGUGUAGCGGGUAGUGCAUCGCACGUUGUGUUUGCAACGGACUACGUCAACUAUGCCGGUAUCUUCACGUGUCAGAAACUGGCGUUCGCUCAUCGUCAGUCAGCAACGAUCUUAUCGCGCACGCGUGACCUCGACAAGGUCUACGUCGACAAAGUGCGCACCAAACUCAGUAGUUUCGGCGUAGAUCCAUUCAGCUUGAGCAUCGUCCAGCAGACCGACUGCCCGCGUGGCAACAACAGCCUCGACGUGAACGUCGAUCCGCAUACUUUCAGCGCUGAGAACAUUGGUCAAGCGGUACGCAAAGCCGGCGAAAAGAUCGGCGACGGCGUCGAGUGGAUCGGUGAACAGGGCAGCAAGGUCUAUCACAAGAUCAUUGGUGACGGCAAGGACAAGAGCUCCGAACAGACGCAGCCUCCGCAGCCCAAGAACACCAAUGGCAAGCUCGACAAUAACGAGGUCGAGUGGAUCCCUUAGAUUAUCCCCCAAAUUUGCUUCAAUUUUGUAAAUAAUACGACCAGCGUCUUCAACAAAAUACUCCUUGACGUUCUUAGUAACCGUAGUACCAGUCGAUUUGUCCAACAGAGUUCUUAUAAAUUCGCUUUAUUUCAGUUCAAUAUAAUAUUAUAGAAUAUAUAAUAUAUUCUAAAGGUUUAUCCAUUGGCGUAGUAAACGCAGUCUAGUGCCUUCGGGAUUUGAAAUAAGCGUCAUUUUAAUAUACAUUUAACAAGUAUUACUACGUUGACUUUUUAAUGAUUAGAAAAUAUAAUUCAAGACUCGACAAAAAUACUCAACAAAUAAGAGAUAUUAAAGUUUUUGAGUUUACUGUGCAAUUAAAUUAAUUAAGGUUGUGACAAUACUCAUUGAAAUAAAGUAAAAUUCGAACUAAAUGAUAGCUGAAUUGGUGUCGGUAACUCUAGAUUAUACUCAAACAAUUAAUGAUAUCUAUGUAUUAAUUAUUCCACAUCGUAUAGGGUGUACUCAUAUUUUUGCAAAAAUUGGUGUGACUUAAUAAUCUCGUUAAGUGAAUGAUUUCGGAACGAUGAUUUAUGUUCAUUUGAAAUUAAUUGUAAAAUUAUAUGAAAAAUGUCAUAAUAAAAUCACUAUUUCUAAUCGACUUCAAUUAAGUAACUUUUGGUUUAUG